CAGUCAUGGAGAUGGAGCCAAAGAACGUUAUAAAAACUAUAAUAAUAAAAUAACGCAAUUCCCAUUACGCAGUUUCCCGUAAAAAUCAAUAUUCAAAACACAGCAAAUUACUGAAAUCUCCAUAGCUACAGAAGAGAAAGAGAGUAGAGCUCAGCUUCAAAAUCACUCCAUUUGUAUGAUAGGAAUUUUUUAAGUACAACAAAAGCAAACCCUACUAAUUAUAUUCCUUUUUUGUGUUUUGAUUUUCUAAUUUAAGGGAAAAGAAAAAGAAGGAAACCCGUGCUUGUGAGAAUCAGAUUCAUUGACCUACCCUCCUUGUUUUCUCUCCUUCUCUUUUCCCCCCUCUCUUUUCCAUUUUAAGGGUUCUAUUAUUAUUAUUAUUAUUAUUAUUAUUAUUAUUUGCAUUUGUUUCUCGUUUCUAUCGCUUCUUCUCUUUGGGUUCUACGAAAAAUUUGAUUUUCUGAAAAUAAGUUGGAAUUUUUAUGUGCGUGUUUGCUAAAAGUCGAACCUUUACUUCACAGUUAUUUUAUCUUAGAACAAUGAGAAAACGUAUUCAAUAACCCUGGAAAGGAAGACUAUUUUUUUCAAAUAAUAAUUCUCUUAAUUUUUUUCUUUUUUUUAUCCCAAUAAUGAGCAAUAAAGGAAUGGCGUUGUUUGAUGAUAAGAGAGAUAUGCUUUUCUCUAUAUGUGAUUUGGGUUCUCAAUGGAGUCUCGAGCCAAAUACUUCUUAUCCAGGUGGCUUAUUUGCUAGCGUUGGUCAAAUGGGAAUGGGAUUUGGGGUUUCACCUAACUCCCCAAAUCCGCGUAACGACGGAACCAAACCACCAUUUUCCGAUUUGUUUGUCAAGUAUUUACCGUUUCGGGUUAUAGAAUUACCGGAAGGUGAAGCGGCGUCGACUAAGAAGAAAAAGAAACUAGAGUUGAAACUGAAAAUCAAGAUUCCUAAUCCUUCAUUAAGGAGGUUAAUAAGCGGUGGCAUAGCUGGGGCGAUUUCAAGGACUUGUGUUGCGCCAUUGGAAACAAUAAGGACCCAUUUGAUGGUUGGGAGUAGUGGGAAUUCCACAACUGAGGUGUUUCAUAAUAUAUUGCAGAAUGAUGGGUGGAAAGGGUUGUUUAGGGGUAACCUUAUUAAUGUGAUUCGAGUUGCACCUAGCAAGGCCAUAGAGCUAUUUGCUUUCGAUACCGUGAAUAAGACUUUGUCACUCAAACCAGGGGAAGUAUCAAAGAUUCCGAUUCCUCCCUCGUUGGUUGCAGGGGCUUGUGCUGGAGUCAGCUCAACUUUGGUGACCUAUCCUCUCGAGUUAGUUAAGACUCGACUAACUAUUGAGAAGAAUAUGUAUGAUGGUAUACUCGAUGCUUUCUUGAAAAUACUGCAAAGGGAGGGCCCUGCUGAACUUUAUAGAGGUCUUGCUCCUAGUCUCAUUGGAGUUAUUCCGUAUGCUGCCACUAAUUAUUUUGCAUAUGAUACUCUACGGAAGGUUUACCGCAAAAUUUUUAAAGAGGAAAAAAUUGGGAACAUUGAAACUCUUUUAAUCGGAUCAUUAGCUGGUGCUAUUUCAAGUAGUGCAACGUUCCCGCUCGAGGUGGCACGUAAGCACAUGCAGGUUGGAGCUCUGCAUGGAAGACAGGUCUACAAGAAUGUGAUACAUGCACUUUCAAGCAUUCUUGAACAAGAAGGGAUUCAAGGUCUAUAUAAAGGUUUGGGUCCUAGUUGCAUGAAGUUAGUACCUGCUGCUGGGAUAUCUUUCAUGUGCUAUGAAGCAUGCAAGAGGAUACUGGUUGACGAAGAAGAAGAUGAAGCAUAGAGUCUCUGGUUAAAAGGAAUAAAGAACUCAUCUUUUUGGGAUUGAAGAAUGAGAUGGCAUACAUUUUAGGUUCAUCUUUUUAUUUUUUAUUUUUAAACAAUUUUCUCCUGUUAAAUUAUUUAUUUUUUUGUUGAGGGAUCAGUUUCAGCUAGCGGCAUUUGCAAGGUAAGAAAUGACGAUGAAAGUAAAAUUAGUUGGCAUACUGUUUUCUUUGAAGAAUGGAGAAGACUUGUUGAGCAA